UGUCCGGGUAGUAAGAUGGCGGCGGAGGGUGACAGCGGGGCAGUUAAGCGGAGUGGGCAUCUGGCGGCCCUGGUACUGGCCCGCGGGGGCAGCAAAGGAAUCCCCCACAAAAACAUCAAGAAGCUGGCGGGAAAGCCGCUCAUUGGCUGGGUGCUGAGGGCUGCUCUGGACUCCAGGAGCUUCGACAGCGUCUGGGUCUCUACAGACAGCGAUGAAAUUGAAAAGGUGGCCAAGGAUUUUGGCGCGCAGGUUCACCGGAGAUGUGCCGACGUGUCCAAGGAUACGACUUCCUCCCUGGAGACCAUACAAGAGUUCCUGAAAUAUCACCCAGAGGUUGACAUCGUUGGGAAUAUCCAAGCCACCUCUCCGUGUCUUCAUCCCGACGACCUCACCAAAGUGGUUGACAUGAUCCGUAAGGACGGCUUUGACUCGGUGUUUUCCGUUGUGAGGCAUCACCUGUUCAGAUGGAGAGACGUCAGCAAGACAGGUGGCGUGACGGCAGCUGAGAACUUUAACCCUGCGUGUAGACCGCGCCGGCAGGACUGGAGCGGGGAACUCUACGAGAACGGUUCCUUUUACUUUGCGACAAAAGAUCUGAUCACACGGGGAUACCUGCAGGGGGGGCGGAUGGCGUAUUACGAGAUGAAGCCGGAGCACAGCGUGGAUAUAGAUGUCGAUCUUGACUGGCCGAUUGCUGAACAAAGAGUAAAACGAUUCGGGUAUUUUGGGAAAGGUAACCCCAGAGCAGUGAAGCUGUUUGUUUGUAACAUCGACGGCUGUUUGACCGACGGACGCAUCUACGUGAAUCAAGGUCACGAGUCGAUCUCCUGUCACCUCCAAGACCUGGACGGAAUGAAACUGUUACAGGAGAAGAAAGUGGAGGUGCGGCUGAUCUCCGAGCGGGAUAUUAGCGCCACGCUGCUCUCCGCGCUGCAUCUGCCGUAUCGGGUCGAGGCCAACGUUUCCAACAAGCAGGAGGCCGUGGAGCGGUGGAUGCUGGAGUUAGAGUUAUCGUCCUGGGACCAGGUCGCCUUCAUGGGCUGCCAAUAUUCAGACGUGGAGUGCUUGAAACUGGCCGGCAUGUGUGGCGUUCCUUCCAACGCCUGCUUGGCAGCCAAGAUGACCGACAGCUUUGUCUGCGAAUACAGAGGUGGCUACGGAGCCGUUCUGGAGUUUGCCGAGCACAUCAUCUCCCUCCUGGGUGAAGCGAGGAGCUAACCGGAGGUCCUCACAUCAGCAGCUUCACCGCCGGCCCCUGCCUGUUUGGUUACGUGUAGGAAAUGUUGCUAUCCGAGCACAAAGCUGCUAUAACUUAAUUCUAUUGACGUUUUUAAACUGUUCAUAGAGGUCUGGGAAUAUAUAUAUCCCGUGUUAUAUGUCCUCUGCGGUAUAACUGCACGCGGGGGAAAGCCGUGCGCCCGGCUACCGGCGACUUACUUUAUUCCACUUUCUGUAUCGUUUCAUCAAAUCUGUGACCCGCUUUAUGGUUAUUUUACGGCGGGGAGAGGGGAUGUAAUGCGUUGUACUCGUGUUUUAAACGUCUUUAUGUUGCUGUAAAUCUGUCCUCAUUUGAUGGA